GUCCGCCGCCUCCUCGCUCCUCUCGUUGCCCGCGACCCCUGCACUCGAGGGAGGGCGCUCGCUUGCCUGCUUCCUGCUUCCGCCGCUGCCUCCCGGGCCAUGGCGACCUGCUUGCGGCUGCCGACCUGCGGGGCCCCGCGCCUCCCGCGUGCGUCUCCCGGCCGCGGGCUCUGUCCCCGCGCCGACUGCUCGGUGCCCGCCGCGCGGCCCGCGCCCGGCCGGGCCUGGCUCCGUGGCUAUGCCGGGGGCCCAGGGGGCCUUUCCGCCGCGCUGCUGCGCACAGAUGGCUUCGUGGGUGGCCGCUGGCUCCCGGCCUCCGCCACCUUCCCCGUGCACGACCCAGCUAGCGGCGCCAACCUGGGCAUGGUGGCCGACUGCGGGGUGUCCGAGGCCCGCGCCGCCGUGCGCGCCGCCUACGAGGCUUUCUGCAGGUGGAAGGGGGUCUCGGCCAAGGAGAGGAGCUCAUUACUUCGGAAAUGGUACGAUUUAAUGAUACGAAAUAAGGAUGACCUUGCCAAGAUAAUUACAGCUGAAAAUGGAAAGCCCCUGAAGGAGGCACAGGGGGAAAUUCUCUAUUCCGCCUUUUUCCUCGAGUGGUUUUCAGAGGAAGCCCGCCGCAUUUACGGAGACAUUAUCAGUGUGCCGGCAAAAGACAAGCGGGCCCUGGUCCUCAAGCAGCCCGUGGGUGUGGCUGCAAUCAUCACCCCGUGGAAUUUUCCCAGCGCCAUGAUCACCAGGAAGGUGGGGGCCGCCCUGGCAGCCGGCUGCACCGUGGUGGUGAAACCUGCAGAAGACACGCCCUUCUCUGCCCUGGCCCUGGCCGAGCUGGCAAACCAGGCUGGAAUCCCUCCAGGUGUGUACAAUGUUGUGCCCUGCUCUCGAAGGAAGGCCAAGGAAGUAGGGGAAGCGCUUUGCACUGAUCCUCUAGUGUCCAAAGUCUCCUUUACUGGCUCCACAGCUACUGGAAAGAUCCUCCUGCACCACGCAGCCGACUCUGUGAAAAGGGUCUCCAUGGAGCUGGGCGGCCACGCUGCGUUCAUUGUCUUUGACAGUGCCAACGUGGACCAUGCUGUAGCAGGCGCCAUGGCGUCUAAAUUUAGGAACUCGGGGCAGACUUGUGUUUGCUCAAACCGUUUCUUGGUGCAAAGGGGUAUCCAUGAUUCCUUUGUGAAAAAAUUUGCUGAGGCAAUGAAAACACACCUGCAUGUGGGUAAUGGAUUUGAGGAGAGAACGACUCAAGGCCCACUGAUUAAUGAAAAAGCAGUAGAAAAGGUAGAAAAACACGUGAGUGAUGCAGUCUCCAAAGGGGCCACCAUUGUGACAGGUGGGAAGCGACAUCAACUGGGAAAAAAUUUCUUCGAGCCCACCCUGCUCAGCAACGUCACCCAGGACAUGCUCUGCUCUCAUGAAGAGACGUUUGGGCCUCUGGCACCAGUUAUCAAGUUCGAUACAGAGGAGGAGGCGGUGGCGAUCGCUAACGCGGCUGACGUUGGGCUAGCAGGUUAUUUUUACUCUCAAGACCCGGCCCAGAUCUGGAGGGUGGCAGAACAGCUGGAAGUUGGCAUGGUUGGCGUUAACGAAGGCUUGAUCUCCACCGUGGAGUGCCCGUUUGGUGGGGUGAAACAGUCUGGCCUUGGGCGAGAGGGGUCCAAGUAUGGCAUUGAUGAGUAUCUGGAACUCAAGUAUGUGUGUUUGGGAGGCUUGUAGGAUUCUUCGGUUCUUUAAAAAAUAAAAAAAGAAAGCUUAUCUACAUAUAUGAGGACAUGCCAUCCAUUAUUUUAAGUAAACUUGUAGGUCACCUGAAUUACGAAUUUUUUAAAGCUCAUCCAGUCCUCGUAAUCUUAAGCAGAUGCCCCUCCCCUUACCUCACUAGGGACCAAUAGAUGCCACGUGCCUGUGGCUGCAGAAUUCCUGAAAACCAGCAUUAGAUUUAUAGAAUGAAGCCCUGGGACACCACCAUAACCCCAUCUGCCUCAGAGCAAGAUGCAGCGUGAGGCAGGCUGGCCCCUGCAGCCUCAUCACAAGGGCUUGAUCAGUGCCUGGGCAAUGACACGACCAUCUCCCACGUGGCUCUGGAGCUUAGACCCAGAGGGCUGCAGGGGAGACCCCUGAGUAUGACUGACGGGCUGGUGAGGGGCACAGGAUCCCUGGCAAUCUGCCAGCUCAGCACUAAAGAUGCUGUGUAUUCAGAGGUGUUGCUGCGGAGGUUGAAUUAAUCAUUUUUAAGACUUCUGAAAUAGCACAGAAUUGCCUGUGCUUCUGUGAGGAGUGAAGGAGCACCUCUCCCUUUUUCUGGAUGAUUUUUUAUUUAUUUUUAAUUAAUUUGGUUUUUUUGCUGGGAAAGAUUCACCCAGAGCUAACAUCUAUUACCAAUCUAUCUUCCUGUGUUCGUUUUUUUUUUCCCCUCCCCAAAGCCCCAGUGCAUAGUUGUAUAUUCUAGUUGUAAGUCCUUCUAGUUCUUCUAUGUGAGCCGCCACCACAGCAUGGCAACUGACAGAUGAGUGGUGUGGUUCCAUGACGGGGAAAUGAACCCAGGCCACUGAAGUGGUGAGAGCGCUGAACUUUAACCACUACGCCAUCAGGACUGGCUCUGGACGAUUUUUUAACCUGAAGUCUUCAUUGUCCUAAAUUUACUGCUUAAAGAUUAUAUUUUCAUUUCUGUCCUAUUUGCCAUUUCAUCUUGUUUCCUUUAGGAAACAAGCCCAAGUGUAAAGCAAAGAGCAGCGGAGGCAGCCUGGUAGAAUGGAAGCCCACGCAGGAUGGCUCCUUCGCUGAGUGGUAGCUUUGUUCUGUGGGCAUGCUGUUCAGCAGCUGCCCUCCCUCAUGUCGAGUGGAGAGUCUGUACACCUUAUAUAGCUCGAUGGGAUACUGCGAGCCUAAGACAAAGUAAAAGUAUUUGCAAAAAAAUGAAAAUUCAGUGUAAGUACAGGAGCCAUUAUUGUUAUGAGCAGCACCACCCAGCCCCGCUUGGGCAUCCAGCAGGGGCUUUGCCAAAAGAAAGCCCACCCGCCCACCCACCUGAGCCUGAGUUAGUGGUUGUCCCCUGUGGCCUACUCUUUCUGUCCUCAUGAGGGGCUGCUGCUUCACCCCCAAAAGAGCAAAAGCGCUUUCCCCACCGUAAUCUCAAAAGGAAAAAGGAUUUCCAUCGUGGCCAAUUCACCUUGUGGGAGAGGCAUGAAGCCUUGAAUUUCAGGCACCUCUUAUCCAGUACGAGUUUUUACAGUUCAUCAUUUUAAAAAACAAAAAGAAAAACCCUGUGACCGGUGUUUCCUGUCACUCCAAAGAAAAACUCUGAUUAAGACAAUUCUGGUCUUUUCUCAUAUGUCGCCCAUCUGUCCUGAUAUACUGAGGAAGAGGAAUAAAGGCUGUUCCAGGCUGAAUAGGCAGAGACGAAGCUCCUUCCUUUCCUACUUUCUCAUGUGCGGAAUCUGUGACAUUCUGUGAUUAUUCUGGGUAGUGGAAGGAAAACGUGAGAGAAAGUAGUGCUAGAGGCGAUUGCUCCUGAACCCCACGCAGUACUUAGCACUCCUCCCUGAGCCGUGGGGCAGCUGUGGAUGAGGAACUCAAGGUCUGGAAUAUUGCUGUGCACAGGAACAACAGCCAGUCCUGGAGCUGCCUGACCUGGAUUAUACCAGCCGGAUCUCCGAGGCCCAAAUCCACCUCCGAGUGACACACAUUGCCCAGGCCCUGCCAAGAAUCACAUACAUAGCAUGUUGACAGUUAAUUUCUACUUUUUGUUUUAGUUUUUAGGUUGUUUUAUAUAACAUUCUAAUUACUUAAAAUUUCGGUGUGUCCGUCUGUUUUCUAUUAACAAUAAAAAUGCUCUAACAUA